AUGUUGACGUGUACAACCAAUUUCCAAGUGACUUGUGCACCUCUUGAGUAUCCCGGAUUAGCAGCUACCGUACCUACGAGCUUAGACGCCGCCGUUGAGCCGCCGCCGCCGACUCCAGGUCUCAGGCGCUGUUAUUCAGUGGAGCGCCAGCGCCGACCCACGCUGAGGCUUCGGUCCAGGAACAAUGGAACCUGGAACAGAUCCGUGAGACGAGUAUCAUCACGCUGGAAGAAACUCACCAGCUCAUGCAAAGCAAAACGUUCGAAACGCACCAGUUAG